AUGUUCAUCCAAGAAGUUGUCGGGUUGCUUUUUAGAAAAUUAAGUCAUACAUAUUCUGGCAUUGGCGAAGAUUUAGUUGGGAUGGAUUCUCGUAUGGAGAAAGCGAUUAAAUUGCUAGGUUUAGGGGUGGAUGAUGCUCGUGUUGUAGGGAUUUGGGGAACGGGUGGAAUAGGUUACAGCUUUAUUGAGAAUGUUAGAGAAGUUUCAAAAAAAUGUGGUUUAAAAACUCUGCAAGAACAACUCAUUUCUGAAAUCUUAAUGGAAAAGGAUUUGAAAGUAGGAAGUGAUGGUCGUGCAGUACAUAUGAUAAGGAACAUGGACUGUCGUAAAAAAGUUCUUAUUGUGCUUGAUGAUGUGGAUGAAUCAACCAAACUCAAAAAAUUGGUAGGAGAGCACGAUUGGUUUGGUUUUGGAAGUAGAAUCAUUAUAACAACUCGAAAUCAACAUGCUUUAACUAGAUAUGGCAUAACACAUAUUUAUAAGGUUGAGGAAUUAAGAGAAGAUGAAGCUGCAGAACUCUUCGAAUUGAAAGCCUUCCAAAAACACCAGCAAAUGGGAGGCUAUGGAGAGCUUGGAAUAAAAAAAGUGGAAGGCAUAGUUGUACAAUAUCCUGACCCAAGUGGUCUAGAUUCAAAGGACUUUCGGUUUCUAAAACAAUUGAAGUUGAGGCCUAAAGCUUUUGCAAAGAUGUCGAACUUGAGGAUUCUCAAAAUUUGUAGUAUGCACCUCUCAGAAGACCUCAAAUAUCUUUCUAACUAG